AUGAGCCUCGGCCUGAAGGUUCUCCGCAGCAACAGUCUGCUUGAGUCCACAGAUUAUUGGCUGCAGAAUCAGAGGACGCCCUGCCAAAUUGGUUUUGUGGAAGACAAAUCCGAAAACUGUGCUUCUGUCUGCUUUGUGAAUUUGGAUGUGAACAAGGAUGAGCGCAGCACGGAGCACCUACAACAGAAAUUGGUCAGCGUGUCACCAGAUCUUCCAAAACUUAUCAACUCCAUGAAUGUCCAACAGCCAAAAGAAAAUGAGAUUGUCUUACUAAGUGGGUUGACAUCCGGAAAUCUCCAAACAGAUUUUGAAGUUUCACAGUGUCCUUGGCUGCCGGAUAUUUGCUUGGUGCAGUGUGCAAGAGGGAACAGACCAAACAGUACCAAUUGCAUCAUCUUUGAAAUCAACAAGUUUUUGAUCGGCCUGGAACUGGUGCGCGAACGGCAACUCCAUGUGGAAACAAACACGCUGAAGCUGGAGGAUGACACAAACUGUUCUCUGUCCUCCAUUGAGGAGGAUUUCCUCACGGCGUCCGAGCACUUGGAGGAGGAAAGCGAAGUGGAAGAAUAUAGAAACGGUUUUGAAAAUAUAAAUGUCUCCACACAUGCUCUAGAAAGUAAAAAGCCAAUGGAAGCCUGUCGGGAUGAAUGGAAUUACAACAAGGAAAUGUCACUUUAUGCUUUGGAAGACAUAUACAGUCACAAAUGCCAUACACAUACACCAGUGAUUAAACCAGAAGUGUUUCUAGAAAAAGCAGCAGAAGAAACCUACUUGAGGAGUCUAGAUCCCUCCGCCAAACCAUCCCAGUGGAAAGGUGAAGCUGUAAGUUAUUCUAAACCAACUACCAAUUAUAACUGCUGUUCAGAAAUGAUUCAAGGUCAGGUGGAAAGAUCACAGGCACAUCAUCCUCCAGGUGAUGCUAAUUUCACCAGGUUGGUUAAGAGAGAUAAGUCUUCUGUGUUUGACACCAUCACUGAACAUGCCAAAAAUUUAGAGCCAAGAGUGCCUGCAGGCAGAAGAAAAUCUCUUCCUCCCAUCCAAGAUGGAGAAGCCACAACUGGCGAGUACGCUAUGAAUUUAGCAGAGUCUGUGCUGCAAGAUGCAUUUAUUAGGUUGUCUCAGUCUCAGCCUGCACUGCCUCAGGAACCCACAGUCGGCCUUUCUGUCAGAAGUGCCAUGCUUCCCAGUGGCUGUUCCACCAUGAAAGACACAGCAGUCCCCAAAAUCAUCAUUGUGCAGAGUCCAGAUGGCAGCGAUGCUGCUGCUGAGCCAGCCGUCUGCUCAUGGCCAGAGUCCGAAGUCUCCCAUGAAACUCCACACGUCCAUUCUGGGAAGAAUUCCAGCAAACACUCCCAGAGUGCUCUGGAAGUCGUGCUAGCUUGUGCAGCCACUGUGAUUGGAACCAUUUCCAGUCCACAGGCCACAGAAAGACUCAAAAUGGAACAAGAAUCCUUGAUGUCGGGCAGCCUGCUGGGCAGCAAUGAGGCACUGCUGACUCAAGACUCACAAGCACUGAAGGAGCCUUCCCUCAGUGAAUACUCCUUCCCCUCUGCUUUAUGUGGAAUGACUCAGGUAGCAAGUGCUGUUGCUGUCUGUGGCCUGGGGGAAGUGCAAGAGGCCAAGUGCCCUAUGGGGACAAGCAGCCUCUUGUCUGCAGCAGUGCCCGCACUUGGGGAAGUGACAGUGGACAGAAGCAUGGACAUGGGGAAUGAAGUUGUUGCGGAGGCUCUCUUCAAGGAGGCCACACUGGUUCUAAUGAGGCCCAACUCCUACAGCAGCAUUAAGGACCUCAUGGAAUCCAUGAAUGAGAGAAUCAUCGAAACUGCUGCAAGGCCUCAGACCCAAUGCUCAGACCACGUCCUCAAGAAUGAGUUGGCACAGAGCCUGGCCAAUGUGAUCCUGAAGCAUUCCAUGGAUGAAGUUCACCAGAAAAGUAAAAUACUAGAACCCAACGAUGAUAGCCAUUCAUCUGAUAAUUUGGACAGGUUAAUGGAAAGAACAAACCAACUGCUCUUCAAUGUAAUCUGUCUCACAUUCAAGAAGAUGAGCAGUCUUGUACAGCUCAGUGAAGGUCCCACUGUCCUCUGUAAGGAGACCAUCAGAUGGAAGGAACCAGAAAUAGGCUGCCAGCUAACUGCGCAGGCUGCUGGUCAAGAGUGGCCAAAAGCUACUGAAUAUGCCAGCAGUCAUUCAACUGACUACCCACCUAACACUGGUCUUGGCAUGAAGGAAACUGUAGACGACAUGAAUCCAAAACAAGAUAACAAGGGCAGAGUGAAUCUUGGCCUCUACAAGAAUUCCAGCAUGCAAUCUGAAGGCUCAAAUAGUCAGGGUGUACACAUUUCCUCAACAGUGAAAACAUCCCCCAAAGAGAUGCAUCUGAAAGGUGCCAUGGGAGACAUUACAAAACUCCAUCAUCAGAUGUCCAGCCUCAGUGAGAAUGAAUGCAGAACCUCUGCAGAGGGAGAAAGGGCAUCUGCAGUCCACAGAUACAGCAAGGGGUCUCUGGAUGCUGAGGACAAUGUCAACCCAAACACCCAAGAAAAACACAAUGGUGACACACCUCUCCACAAUGAAGUUCAGGUCAACCUAUCAUUGUUAGGGAGUGACUUGCUGCUUCCCGCUCAGUCCAUGAUACAAACAAAGCAGGCAGACGUAUACUGCAUUGCAGACUUCGCAGAAGAAUUAGCAGAGACGGUUGUCUCCAUGGCAACUGAAAUCGCAGCGAUUUGCCUUGACAACUCCAAUGGAAAACAACCAUGGUUUUGUGCAUGGAAAAGAGGGAAUGAGUUUCUGAUUACACCAAACUUAUCCUGCCGCACCUUGAAGAGAAAAAAGGAGAGCCAGAGCAGCGGGACCACAGUCAGAAAACACAAGCCACCACGGCUCAGUGAGAUCAAGAGGAAGACGGAUGAGCACCCUGAACUGAAAGAGAAAUUGAUGAACAGGGUUGUGGAUGAGUCUAUGAACGUCGAGGAUGUCCCAGAUUCUGUCAAUAUCUUUGCAAAUGAAGUGGCGGCCAAGAUCAUGAACUUGACAGAGUUCUCCAUGGUAGACGGUGUCUGGCAAGCCCAGAGCUACUCUCGAAAUCGAUUACUGGGUGAUAGGUGGAACCGCCUGAAGGCCUCCAGCUGUGAAAGCAUUCCAGAGGAAGAUGCUGACACCAGAGCCUAUGUAAAUAGCCUGGGUUUGGUGAGUACCUUAAGUCAGCCGGUGAGCAGGGCCAGCUCUGUCUCCAAACAAUCCAGCUGUGAGAGCAUCACUGAUGAGUUUUCUAGGUUCAUGGUGAACCAGAUGGAAAAGGAAGGGAGAGGCUUUGAGUUACUGCUGGACUACUAUGCUGGCAAGAACGCCAGCAGCAUUUUGACCUCAGCUAUGCAACAGGCAUGCCGGAAAAAUGACCACCUGAGUGUGAGACCCAGCUGUCCCUCCAAGCAGUCCAGCACAGAGAGCAUAACUGAGGAGUUCUACAGGUACAUGCUGAAGGACAUUGAAAGGGAAAGUAAAGAGAACCCUGCAGCCAGAAGAAGCAGCCAGGAUUGGACUGCUAGUCUCCUUCCUCCUCUCUCUCGAGCUCCAUUUUGUCAUAGACAGUCAUCCAUGCCAGACAGCAGAUCGCCAUGCACCAGAUUAACAGUGAAUACACCUGUCAAAGCCAACUCCUUAGAUGGCUUUGCACAAAACAGCCAGCAAGAUUUCUUAAGCGUCCAGCCAGUCAGCAGUGCUUCCUCCUCGGGUCUCUGCAAAUCGGACUCUUGUUUAUAUCGUAGAGGUGGGACAGACCACAUCACAAACAUGCUAAUUCACGAAACGUGGGCCAGCUCCAUUGAAGCCCUCAUGAGGAAGAACAAAAUCAUUGUUGAUGAAGUCCAGGCAGCUGAUAUUAAGCCUACUUCCAGUGGCUCUCCCACUCAAGAGGACGAGUGUACCAGCAGAGGAGCUUCGAGCAGAGUGAAAAGUGGGCCAUCGCUGCUCAUCCAGGGGUCUGUGGACUACCCGAGGAAAGACUUCAGCAAACAUUCCUCCAUGUCAUCUGCAAGCAAAGCUGCUUCCCUUACAACCAACAACAGCAUAGAUUCUACAAAGGAACUUUCCGUGUGCCAUGAGGCUCUCUCUCCAAACCAUACCCAGCGAUCCCUUUGCUCAAGGGAAGUGCCUCUAAUUCAGAUUGAAACAGAUCAAAGAGAAGAGUGUGUUGGAGGACAACCUGAAGAUGUCCUUUCCCAAAGCAGCCUCCAUGAGGAAGCUGAGGAAAAUUCCAGUGAAGAAAAACAUCCAGACGUGAUGAGGGACAGAGACCUAGAAGGGAGUAUCUGCCAGAACCAUAGUGAAAGCCAUGAUGCCACGGACACACCAGAGGCUGAAGUCUCGACAGAAGCCAGAGACCCCGAUGAGUUUCCCAGCCCUCCUAGCAGCAGUGAGGAAAGCACUGGCAGCUGGUCCCAGCUGGCCAAUGAGGAGGACAACCCUGACGACACUAGUAGCUUUCUACAACUCAGUGAGCGAUCCAUGAGCAAUGGCAACAGUAGUGCCACUAGCAGUCUUGGCAUUAUGGACCUGGACAUUUAUCAGGAAACCAUGCCAUCUUCUCCCAUGAUUAAUGAAUUAGUAGAAGAAAAGCAGAUCCUUAAAGGACGCUCAGAACACAUAAAGGAAUGUGCCUCUGGACUACCGGUGGGAACAACCAGCCACCAGCGGAACCUGCUGGUGAUCAACUUUGACCUGGAGCCAGAGUGUCCCGAUGCUGAGCUCCGAGCCACUCUGCAAUGGAUAGCUGCCUCUGAAAUUGGGAUUCCCACCAUCUACUUUAAGAAAUCUCAGGAAAGCAGAAUUGAAAAGUUUCUAGAUGUGGUGCAGCUGGUUCAUCGGAAAUCCUGGAAAGUGGGGGAUAUCUUUCAUGCCAUUGUCCAGUACUGCAAAAUGCACGAGGAAAGGAAGGACGGGACCCCGAGUCUCUUUGAUUGGCUCUUAGAGCUGGGAUAA